CUCUCCACCCAGGACCACAAGCCGCAGGAAUGUUCAGAUUCACCUUCACAGAAAAGGUGGAAGGGGCUGGAAUUUAAAAUGGAGCCGGGCCCUCACCUUCCAGCAGUUCUCCAGCCCCUUUGGGCGAAGUGAAGAGCACCUUUCGCGGUGGAGUCAGCUCGGACACUCCGCCGAAACCGCCCGCCGCCGAGGAUGAAGACGACGACGCCGCCGAAGUGGCCAUGAUAGACACUGCCGUAAACCGGAGCGGCUUCUGUCCCUCGCGACAUGGUUUGCGGCGUGAGGUCAUAAUUUUACCACACUUCACGACAGCCGUUUGAUGUUGUUGUAUUGGAUGAACUCAUUGUCAUUGAAGCGGGACGGGACUUUUUCAACUUUUUUUUUCGCAACGAUACCGAUAAUUUUAAAUUAAACAUACACCCAAAUAAUUCAGUAAAAUUAAUAGUGCAUGCUGUAAAAACACGGAGCGUAGUGGUGCCAAGUUUUAUCUUUAUAUAAGUAAAUAUUUGGCAAUAGAAGCUGUCUAUUGUAUUUAACAUCUUGGGCUGUGAAAAGGCGAAUUAAACCCAAAUGUAAUGUUAACAUGACGCCAUGUGCGUUUUAAAUUAAAAAUCGGAAUGGUUUCUCCCUUCACUGCCCGGGGAGAAUUGGAGUCGGACACCGGAAGUGAUUGUUUGGAUUACCGGAAAGGACACUUAACUGUGACGGACCGGUCUGAUACAACUGACCCCUCGUAGUGAAGAUGAGAUAAAUGGAAGUUCUUCGGCCAACGCUGAUCAAUAUUGACGGACGAAUUUACCGCAAAAAUCAUAUCAAAGAGCAGGUGUACCAGAAUGAAGAAGAGGAAGACUUUACUUACUCAGGUGUUGUGGACUGUUUGGAUGAGCCCUGUGACUCAGUACUUAUAGAACAGACAGACCGAGGCUAUCGAUGCUCCAUGGCUGUGCCUAGUGCUUUUUACAAAUACAUAAUUGGGAAGAAAGGAGACACCAAACGAAGACUGGAAAAUGAGACACGAACUUCCAUAACCAUUCCUAAACCUGGAAUAGAGGGAGAGAUUGUCAUCACUGGGCAGCAGCGAGUGGGUGUCGCAUCAGCACAGACCCGAAUUGAGGUGAUGUUGGAGAGUUUCCGCAGAAAGCAACCCUUCACUCAUUUCCUGUCUUUUGCCGUUAAUCAACCCACUAUUCAGGAACAGUUUUUGAAAUUUAAAGAGCGUGUGUUGGAUGAGUGUUCCCAGGAUCAUGGAAUUGAUGGCAGUAUUUUCCAGAACCCAGCAAAACUUCACCUGACGAUCGGAACACUCGUCCUGCUUAAUGAGCAUGAAGUCACCAAAGCCGUUGAAUUGUUGCAGAAAUGCAAGGAGGACUUCAUCAACAACCUUACUGGUGGAAAGCCUCUCUUGGUGAGAAUGGAAGGGAUUGAAUACAUGAACGAUGACCCAAGUAUGGUAGAUGUACUUUAUGGAAAGAUUAAAAUGAAGAAUGGAACAGACCAAUUGCAGCUGAUUGCAGAUGGACUGAUGGAGCGAUUUGUUGCUUCUGGACUGAUGGAGAAGGACUGGGACAGAGUAAAGCUUCAUGCUACUUUGAUGAACACUCUUUUCAGGAGGGACCCAACAGUUGAAGGUCGAUUCAGUACUGCUUUGGGGAAGCAGAAUUUCCGUGAAAGGGAGUCCUUUGAUGCAAGAAAUGUAUUGAAGAAAUGUGAAAAUUAUCACUUUGGCGAGGUGGAGUUGAACGCUGUGAACAUCUCCCAGAGGUUCUCCACUGAUAGUUCGGGAUUCUAUUCUUGUUCCGGCACCAUUAACUUUUCGUAAGAGCAUGAGAGUGUUGGAUGAGCAUGUCUCUGGGAUAAUACUCCCCCACCAGAUGAGUCUUGCUGCAUGACUUGAACAGACAGCGAGACAAACUCAACUCACCAGUUAAGUCACUGGUGGCAUCUACAUUCUCAUUGAAGGAAUCUGUAUCCUUUUUUUUAAUCUGGAGCUAAGAUGUGACCUCACGAGAACUUCCUGCUGGAACAGUUGCGAUGAUACAGCCGUGCCUGCAAGUGAAGACCUGUUUUCACACUGUAAGCCCCUUGCAUUUGUUCACAGUCAUGCUAGUAAAAUAAUUGCAGUGAUAAAUUCCUGCUGAAUGUCUCUUGACUCAUGUCUGUGUUAAAAAUGGAACAUUUUCCAGUUUGCUCAAAUCAACUUUCAGUUCAAGGAUAACGUGGUGAAAAGUAAAGGCCCAUUUAGAAAACUGCACCUCGAGAGAAUACCUUCAUACUGCAUCUUUUUUGAUGUUUUAUUUUCCUUACUUUGCCUCAGUCAGGUUGCCUUUUGAUUUUUGAUUUGGUCAGAAUUGAGAUUGGCCGCAUGUAUUUUGUAGAUGACCUUUUGGGGCCAAUAGGCCAGGAAAGUUGUUUUCAAGGUUAUAGUCCAUCCCAACGAGACUCAAAAUGAGAGUGCAGAGACCAGAGUGCUGUUCCUGUUUAACCUGAUCCCCUGAUUGCUGUCUGUCUAUUGAAUGGUUGCAGCAGGUACUUUGUCGCAUUGUGUUAUGAGAAUGUAAUAGUGGAGCCUGGCAGAUGUGGAUAUCAUGUAGCAAAUAAAUCAUUGCAGACAAGCAAAGCCUAACCUAAUUCCCUGCAGAAUUUAACAUGUUUUGGAAUUUUGUCUUUUCUUGUCCUACAACAGACAUAAUUGUGAAAAUCCAGGGCAAGGUAUAAGGUAACCAUUUGGAAAUAUGAACCCAACCUUACACAGCAGGUUCCCUGGAGGGAAAAGGAAAGAAUUAAAUGAUGCAUGUUGUUGACCAGGUCACUGCAACUGGCCACACACCUGCACGCUCUCGCAUGCACACAGGUGCCUGUCAAGAUUCCCUUUGCCUAAUUCCCACAAUAAAACCAGGAAUUAUAAACCUACUGUGUGGACACAUGGAUAUACCCUGCAGUUUUGGGUGUAAUAUGUUAAGUAUGGUGUGAAAAAUUCCAAACUUCCAGUGCAGACACUAACUGAUCCUAGUGUAUUGAUUGACAAUUUAUUCACCAAUAAAUUGAAGUGCCAAAAAUAUCACAUUUCCGAAAACUACAGGCUGAAAAAUUUAAAGCAAGUAUGAAAUUCUGAGAACACUUGUGCCUGACGGUUUUCGUCCAGAAAGAGACGGAUUCUUUCUUUUGGGCACUGGCUGCAGUUUGAAAAUCACCCUUUUGGGGCAAGGUCCUCUCACUGCGUUCGUAGUGGUUGGUUUUCUGAAUGUCAAAGGGAGACUGGGCCCAAAUCAACUUGGCUUUUUGAUCCAAUUUAUUGUCAAUUUAUUACAAAUGCGCCUGUAAAGAGAGCAAGAGCGCAGUGUCAGCACUACAAGGGCAGAUGGUCAUGAAUGCCACAAAGUGGCUUGUUGUUCCUUACACGUCUUUGAAAUGUAGCCCUUGCUCCACUUCUGGCAAUGGUCCAAUUGUAGCUUUCUCAUCAUUGUUUUUAGAUUCCUCUCUGACCAUUCCCUAUGCCUGCACCCCUAUAACAAAGUGAGAUCUCUGUAUACCCAAUGUGGGCAAUUAAACGUGCACACUUAAUCAA